GAUAUUAAACCCUUUCUCGGGGAGAACCAAAAGAAACCCUAGCUUCGUCCGUUUCUCACGGUUAAAAUUAAAAUAUUAGGGCAAAAAUUCAAAAAUUGCCAAAAAUUAAUUGGGGAAAUUGUGGAAUCUAUUAGGGUUUCGAACGAGAUGGCUCGGAUUCAAGCCCUAAUUUACCAUUCGGGUUUAUGAUCGAUACCAUUCGUAGACGAAGGGAUUUUUGUUCGCAGUUCAAUCAGUCGAGAUCUGAGAAAUGUUUAUAUGCAUGUACAAUGAUGGAACAUGAAAAUUGGGGGUUUCUGGAUUGGGAGUUUUCGUUUGGGGAAGUCGAUGGAAAAUAGCUUAGGAAACUCACAUGGUACUGAUACACCGAAGAAAUCGAGAUCUUUGGAUCUCAAGAGUUUAUACGAAUCAAAGGUGUCCAAAGAGGUUCAGAAUAAGAGAUUAAAGAGAAAGGUCCGGGCAGAGGAUGGUGAUGAGCAGAAGACCGAGAGGAGAAAUAGGAAAACGGUGUCCCUCAGUAAUUUCAGUAGUAUUUAUAGCAGGAGCAGGAGGUGUUUGGAUGAAGUAUAUGAUGCUGGGCUAGGUUCAAGUGGGCAUGAUUCUAAGAAGGCCCUGAAGUCAGAGUCAAGAGAAAAGUUAAAUAGAAGUAGCGAGUUUAACAAACUUCCACUUAUUUUAGAUGAAAAUGUUAUGCAAAUUCCUAAGCGUAAGAGGGGUGGUUUUGUUAGGAGAAAAAAAUCUGUUGAUGGUCAGAUUUUGAAACCAUAUGGGCAAUUGGAUGGUAAAGCUGGUAUUGUGGGUCAGAUUUCUAAAUCUAGUGCCAAAGAUCCCAGUGAUCAGGUGGAAUGCUGUAAGACGAAUAGAAAGCCAGGGCCUAAAGAUUCAAAGGAGAAAGGGCAAAAUGGGUUCAGCUCAACUCGGCAUCUGAAGAAGGGUGAUGGACAGGUUGAUCAGUUGAUUAAAGUAAAUGAAUCAAAUUUCACUUUGCUUUUGAAGGAGGAAGGUGAGCACAUUGAUCAUUCGGCUGUAAAACCUGCCAGUUUGUCCCCCAAAAAAUCACAAAGGAAUGUCAGGAAAAGAAAGAUUUCUGCAUCUGGGAGCAAAAGUAAUUCAAAGGAGGGCGAGGCGUCGAUAUCGCAUUCUACUAAGCGACGUGAUGGCUUCCCGGAAGAAGAUGAAGAGAAUCUGGAGGAGAAUGCUGCUAGAAUGUUAUCUUCAAGAUUUGAUCAAAAUUGCACUGGGUUUUCUUCAAACCCAAAGGGUUCAUUGCCACCAGCAAAUGGGUUAUCCUUCUUGUUGCCUCCUGGCCAUCAUAUUGAUGGUCGUGGUCUUAAGCCUGGUUCAGAAUCUGCAUCAGUUGAUUCUGCCGGCAGAGUAUUGAGGCCUAGGACGCCAAGAAAAGAAAAGAAAAGCUCACGGAAAAGACGCCAUUUUUAUGAAAUUUUUUUUGGGGACUUGGAUGCAUUCUGGGUAUUGAACAGGAGGAUCAAAGUCUUUUGGCCUUUAGAUCAAAUCUGGUACUAUGGGCUUGUGAAUGACUAUGAUGACGAAAGGAAGCUUCAUCAUGUCAAAUAUGAUGAUCGUGAUGAAGAAUGGAUUGAUCUUCAAAAUGAAAGGUUCAAACUAUUGCUGCUUCCUAGUGAAGUUCCUGGUAGGGAAGAACGUAGGAAGCCGGUGGUGGGAAGUAAUCCUGCUAAUAAGAGAGGGAGACCAAGAUCCAGGAAAGGAAAAGAAACUGACGCUGCGAUCCUGGAGGAUGAUUGCAAUACUGGUAGCUAUAAGGACUCCGAGCCAAUUAUCUCUUGGUUGGCUCGAUCUACUCAAUGUAGUAAAUCAUCUCCCUCUCAUAGUUCAAAGAGGCAGAAAACUUCCUGCCUAUCUUUAAAAUCGGGGUCCCAGGCAAAUGAAAAGCCAGCAAAUUUACGUGUUAAAUUUUCAGGAUUGCCAGAAAGAUUAGGAGAUAUGGAUAGGUUAGAGAAAUCUGCUUCAGAAAUCACCACUUGUUCUAAGACAAGCAAACUUCCUAUUGUAUAUUUUAGGAAAAGGUUUCGCAACAUAGGCACUGAAGUGUCCCUUAAGCGUGGGACAGACUAUGCCUAUAGAAGAAAACAUGCUUCAUUUUUUUCUAGUGUUGGUAAAAUUGAUGAUUUGGAAGAACGAGAUAUUUCUCCCAGAAGAACGCAAACGCAUAGGUUGCUAUGGUGUGUUGAUGAUGCUGGGUUGUUACAGUUGGCUAUUCCAGUGAUGGAAGUGGGACAGUUGAAAUUCGAAUUAAGCAUUCCAGAAUAUUCAUUCCUGAAUGUCACUUCUUGUGCUCAGACAUUUUGGCUAUUCCAUCUGGCGAUGUUCAUCCAAUAUGGUACAUUGACGUUACUAUGGCCAAAGGUUCAAUUAGAGUUGUUAUUUGUGGAUAAUGUGGUUGGGUUGAGAUUUCUCCUGUUUGAAGGUUGCUUGAUGCAGGCAGUGGCUUUCAUUUUUCUGGUCCUGAAAAUGUUUCGAUCACCCGGUAAACAGGGAAGGUAUGCCGAUUUUCAAUGUCCCGUUACUUCUAUCAGGUUCAAAUUCUCCUGCCUUUUGGACAUCGGAAAGCAGCUCGUGUUUGCUUUCUAUAACUUCUCAGAAAUGAAAAAUUCCAAGUGGGUUCAUCUAGACUGCCGGCUGAAGAAGUAUUGCAUAGUCGCAAAGCAGCUUCCAUUGACUGAAUGCACCUACGAUAACAUCAAACGGCUUCAAAAUAGCAAAAGACAGUUCCAUACAUCUCCAUUUCAUGGCCGGUCUUCCGCUGUCAAGGUCAAACAGAAGAUUAGUAGUCUUGGUAUCAACCUCAAAGGAGCUGCAUGCGUGAGCAAUGGUCGCUCUAAUCUGUGCUCCAAUGAAAUGAAAAGAAACUUUCCUGCUUUUGCUCUUUCUUUUACUGCUGCACCUACCUUUUUCCUUAGUUUGCAUCUCAAGCUGCUAAUGGAACAGUGUGUUUCUCAUUUACGUUUGCAACAUCACGAUUCAGUUGAGCAUCCAGAAAAUUUUGGCAAAUUGACUGUCGAUGAUAUGUAUAUGGAUGACUGUGCUAAUAGUCUUAGUACCUCAUCAAAGACGUCUGAUAUCUGGAAUUCCUGUGCUCAGUCAGAUCUAGGGACUGGUAUCUCUGAUUGUGAGGACGGAGAUGGGGUACAGUCCUCCCAGUAUAAAAGGAGUAGUCUUGUUGUUGCUGAAACUUGUGCAGGGUCUCGGGACUCGGACAAGGCUAGAAAUGAUGUCAAGAGGCGGAUGCGAUCAUUGGGAAAGAACAAAUCAAAGAAAGUAAUACUUUUACCUAAUGUGGCAAGAUCUGAUAAUGAUUCAUUUUUGAAUGACCUUAGUGUUGAGGUUCCAUCAUUUCAGCCUGUGGAUGGGGAGUUGCACAGUGCUCAGCAUUCUAUGGAUAUAGCAUGGAAUAUGAAUACUGGCAUCAUUCCCAGCCCUAACCCAACUGCACCACGAAGCACAUGGCAUCGAAAUAAGAAUAACUCACCAUUUGGAUUGGUUUCACAUGGAUGGUCAGAUGGAAAAGAUUUUCUUAACAAAAGUUUGGGAAAUAGGACGAAGAAACCCCGAACUCAGGUGUCCUACUUGUUGCCUUUUGGAGCUUUUGAUUAUAGCUCAAAGAACAGAAACUCUUACCCUAAAGCAAUUCCUUUCAAGCGAAUUAGAAGGGCUAGUGAGAAGAGGUUGGAUGUAGCUAGUGGAUCCCAAAGGAACUUAGAACUACUGUCAUGUGAUGCAAACGUGUUGAUUACACUUGGUGAUAGAGGGUGGAGAGAAUGUGGGGCAAGGGUGGUAUUAGAAGUCUUUGAACAUAAUGAAUGGAAGCUUGCUGUCAAACUUUCAGGAAUUACCAAAUACUCUUACAAGGCUCAUCAAUUUUUGCAACCUGGAUCUACAAAUCGAUAUACACAUGCUAUGAUGUGGAAGGGAGAAAAGGACUGGAUUUUGGAGUUUCCAGAUAGGAGUCAGUGGGCAAUCUUCAAGGAGUUGCACGAGGAGUGUUACAAUCGAAACAUUAGAGCAGCUUCUGUUAAAAAUAUUCCGAUCCCUGGUGUUUGCUUGAUAGAGGAAAAUGAUGAACAUGUAGCUGAGGUUGCAUUUAUGCGGAAUCCUUCCCAGUACUUCCGGCAGGUAGAAACAGAUGUUGAAAUGGCUUUGAACCCAAACCGUGUCUUGUAUGACAUGGACAGCGACGAUGAGCAGUGGAUCAAGGAAAGUUCUUCGGAAGUUGGCAGUAGUAGUGGCUUGGGGGAGGUUUCAAGUGAGCUUUUCGAGAAGACGAUGGAUGCAUUUGAGAAGGCUGCAUACUCUCAGCAAUGCGAUGAGUUCACAGAUGACGAGAUAGCAGAGCUGAUGAAUGAAACUCUGGUUUCAGGUUCAACAAAAGCCAUCUUCGAGUAUUGGCAGCGGAAAAGGCGGCGGAAGGGAAUGCCUUUAAUUCGAAAUCUUCAGCCGCCUCUUUGGGAAACCUACCAACUGCAAUUAAAAGAGUGGGAGUCUACAGUUAACAAAAACAACACCAAUUUUUGCAAUGGAUAUCACGAGAAGGCUGCAUCGGUCGAGAAACCACCUAUGUUUGCAUUCUGUUUGAAGCCCCGUGGCCUCGAAGUCUUCAAUAAAGGCUCUAAGCAAAGGUCGCAGAGGAAGUUUUCAGUGUCUGGUCAUAGCAAUUCUAUUGCUUAUAAUCAGGAUGGCUUUGGUAGAAGAUUGAAUGGGUUUGCCUUUGGGGAUGAUAAGAUGGCCUAUGUAGGCCAUAACUAUGAGUUUGUAGAAGAUCCUCCUUUGAUUCACACGUCGCCCAGCUUAUUUUCGCCACGACUUGAAGGCGGAAUUUUGAGUAAUAACGGAUUGGAGAGGAGUUUUCUACCUAAACUUCAUAAGAGCAAGCCCAGAAAGUAUGGGGCGUGGUCAUCUCCAUAUGACUCUAUGAUGGUAUCUUCUUUCAAUCAGAGAACGAUUGGUAAGAGAGAUGGGUUAAAUAGGUGGAGCAACGGUUAUUCCGAGCGGUCAAGCCCUCGACAUUAUCAGCUUGAUGAAUCCCAAAGGCAAAUUAUCGAGCAACUGGAAGGUUCCGAUCUCAGUGAGUUCAGGCUCCGCGAUGCAUCUGGUGCUGCUCAGCACGCACGCAAUAUGGCUAAGCUCAAAAGAGAGAAGGCGAGACGAUUACUUUACAGAGCAGACCUUGCAAUUCACAAGGCAGUGGUUGCUAUCAUGACUGCCGAAGCAAUGAAAGCUGCCUCCCAGGACGACGCCAAUGGCGAUGGAUAGAAAAGUGAAGAAAAUCCAAAACCUUAACAACCACAACUUCCUGCGAUUGCUCGAUCUCACUGAUUUGCAUCUAAAUGACAAGCGGAGUAGCUCCGACAACGACAACGAUUUUGUUAGUGAAGGGCUUUGUUUACACUUCUGUCAAUGGUAUACAGUACAGCCCCUUUUUACAUUAAUGUGCAGAUUUAAUAGCGAACUUCUGACACGACAAAAACGAGCGGGGUACGUUAUGAGAAUUUGUUGCUAGAGCGUCCCAGAUCCACUUCCGACACGACGAAAGCGAGUCGUAAACGAUGAGAAUUUGUUGCUACAGCUUCCCAGAUCCACAAGGAAGGGUUUUUUUUUAGGCCAGCAUGAUUGAGAGGGAUCCUCUCAUUUGAGUGGCAGAACAUUGUAGUGAUCAGGUUUUUAGGGUUCCCCCAUAUUUGUACAGUUUUCAGCUCUCCCCAUAUCACCUUGUUCUUUUGUUUCACUUUAAAAGCUCCCCCUCUUCUGUCCUGUUCCAUCCAUCAAAUGAGCAUCUUAGCUUCAAUAAUACAUCAUCAUCUCUUCAAUGCCAUUCCAUAUUCUCUCUGUAAAUACAUAUUCUACUGUUUAUGCUAUUACUACUCUGAUGAUCCUUCGCACA